CCCUCGAGUAGUGUUGCCUUGAGGUAAAGAAGUGAAAAAGAUGUUUCUCACUCCCCCUGACCGUGACCAGCUAAUCUGAGGCAAACGUUUACACCUCAAAACGAGACAAAGGGGGAAGUUUUGAAUUGCAUUCCCCAAAGUUGGGGGUUUGGAUGGUAUGGCUGAGUCGAACAGCGCGAGUGUCCCUCACGCGACACCGAACGGGUCCAGUCGCCAUGAGAAGAGUUUGGGUCUCCUCACAGUCAAGUUCGUCACUCUGCUUCAAGAGGCCAAAGACGGAGUGCUUGAUCUCAAAGUGGCUGCUGACAGUUUGGCAGUCAAACAGAAAAGAAGAAUCUAUGACAUCACCAAUGUUCUUGAAGGCAUUGGGCUCAUUGAAAAAAAGACAAAAAACAUAAUUCAGUGGAAGGGAGAGAGUACAGGCUGCCAGCCUCAGGAAGUUCUGGAGCAGGUGGAUCUUCUCAAGGCAAAUAUUGCUGAGCUAGAAAUUCAAGAGAGAGCACUGGACAUGCAGAAAGCAUGUCUGCAACAGAACAUCAAACAUCUGAAUGAAGACUCCUCCAGCUGCAGAUACAGCUAUGUCACACAUGAUGACAUAUGUGAUGCAUUCAGUGGAGAUACUCUUCUAGCUGUGAUGGCACCAUCAGGGACACAGUUGGAGGUCCCAGUACCUGAGAUGGGCCACAAUGGUCAGAAAAAGUACCAGAUGAACCUCAGAAGUCGCUCCGCUCCCAUUCAAGUGAUGCUGAUAAACAGAGAGACAAGCUGCUCCAAGCCUGUUGUUGUCUCUGUCCCUCCUGUGGAUGACAUCUCUGCCAUGCCAACUCCCCCCAGUACUCCAGCUGGUCUGCAAAGGUUUCCCAUCUCCUCGACAGAGCUCUGUGAUCUGAAGCAUAGCCAGCUUAAAAGCCCGGCUGCAGAGCACCAGCUCACACCAUCCUCCACACCCCCAGAUGUUCACAUGGAAUGUCACCCUGAGUCCCCUGCUAGUCAGUGUUUGUUAAUGCAGGAGUCUGUUGGUGAUUCUGAGGCUGUUGAAGUACAGCAGAGGGAGAACCAGGAUCUGCAGUCCAUGCUGGAGGAAAUGAGGGAAGAGAGAGAAGGUGUUUCUGACCUCAUAGAUGAAUUGAUGUCAUCAGAUGUUUUCCCCUUGUUAAGACUUUCACCCAACCCUGGUGUGGAUUACAGUUUCAACCUUGAUGACAACGAGGGAGUCUGCAACCUUUUUGAUGUGCAGAUUCUUAAUUAUUAAGGCAUGAUUCAUGCCACGCUGGUCCACACUUGCUUUCAC